CUCACCUACCACUCACGGCGGCUGAUCUCCACAUCACAUGGCAUCACUUGCGAUAGCGGUGCUCAUCCUGUCUUCCAGAAACGCUCGCUGCCGUUCGCUGGUCACAUCCUGACGCACGCACGCACUCGAACAACAACUUGCCGCCAAGCUUUUGCUGCAGCAGCCGGCGUCUUCUUCCAGACGCAAUCCCCCGCACGCUGCCAACAUCGAACGCGUCAUCUCUUGAGAGACGAGACUGACCAUUCACAGCGCUCAGCUUGAAGCUCUGUUUUUCCACGACGACGAAGCGGCACGUGGCUAGUCCAUAAGAGGACGCUGAUUGAGCGAAUACACACACGCACACGCACACGCACACGCACACACCCGCUUAGGCGCUUGCAGGGACGUCGACAAAGGGUCAGGGGACGAUCAUGUCGGGCCUGGCAGAUGCUGGCAUGUCGGCCUCGCUGGCUGCCCCUGCGGCUUCCAGCUCAAGCUCUGGCUCGGGCACGGGCAUGGGCAUGGGUAGCAGCUCCGUCGCCUCUUCAUCGUCGAUCGCAAGUCAAGUAGGCACUGCCAUGCCAGUCGACGACCAUGACACCUCAUCAUCCUCUCCGCCAGAUGCCUUGACCCUCCUGUCUCGCGCCCUCUCAGCAUCGACACCUUCGGCCGAGGAAUCAUCGCUGGCGCAACUCUAUCAACUCUUCGUCUCUUCUCCUGGCAAUCUGCAACCUUUGUUUCCCAGUCUGAUCAGCUUGCUCCCCAGAGCUGGUCCCGGUCUCACCCCUUGGAUCCUCAGGGUUUGCAACUUGGCCUUUUGCAGACCUGGGCUAGGCAUGGGCGCUAGAUUGCAACUUGCUGCGCUCGUGCCUCCAGCUCUGCAACACUUCCUGCCACUUCCAGGCACCUCCUCCAACAGCUGGACUUCCUCCCACAAGUCCGCCCUCCAAGUCUUCUGUUCCGUCUACCCUCUGCUCUUUCGCCUCUCGGCCGAAAAUCCUCACGCGGGUCACAUUGCCAAAGCUUGGAGGGAGAUUUGCGAAUGCAAGGCCAGGGUGAUGAACGUCUUGCAGAGCUCGUCUGUAGCGAAUCAACAACCACAACAACAACAACAACAACAGGGACAGCAAGGACACGCGCAGAGUGGAAAUGCGCCGGAUGUGGGAGUGGGAACCAGGAUUGCGGCGAUCAAGGCGGCGCAGAGGAUCGUGCUGGUGGCCACGCGAGCCCACACGAAUGUUGGAGCAUCGGGCAAGCAAUACGGAAACGACGUCAAUCUGAACCUCGUUCAUGGCCAGCAUCCGCACCUGGACACGCCAGCCCUGGAAGCGGAAGCUAACAGCUACCUCACAACGCUCAUCACCAUCAUCUUUACCUCUUCAUCCGAGCAGAUAGUCAGCGCAGCGCUCAAUACUCUGCCGCCACUAGCAAGGACCCGACCAGGCCUAUGUCCAAUCGUUUUGGAAGCGAUCACCUCUUGGACACCUGCUGCCUUUCAGGCCAGCUCUCCCCGUAGCACACCCUCCUCGCGGACAUCUCGAGCCUUUGCGGAGCUUCGUAAUGUGGAGAAAACGCUGAGGUCGCUAUUUCUGCAUUUCUUGCACUCUGGAUCGAUUCAGGAUGGCCUGUCGGCCCAAGGCCGCGAACAUCAGUUGCAGAGCGCUCUGUCUGCGCAAAAGAGUCGGAUGGAGCAAGCUACAAAGGAAGAGAAUGCGAGGAGAGCGAAUGCGUUGGCGUUGGAAAAAGCAGCUGCUGCAACAGCUGAUGCUAUGAGCGGAGCAAAGAGAAAAGGCAAAGCUGCAGAGGGCGCAUACGAUGGGAAAGUGGCGGUGGGAGGAAAGAGGAAAAGGGUGAGGUGGGAUGAUGAGCUGGAUGAGGAAGAGGGUGAUGGGAGUGGCGUCGCAGAGGUAUCUGAAGGGGAUAUCGCAUCUUCUUCCCAAUCCACCUCCACAUCCAUCUCUGCCCCUCAGGAUUCGACAGUGAACGACUCGGCGCAAUCUGCACCCCCGCCGCAGCUGCAAUUAAACCAGGCGCAGGUAUCGGCACUAUCUACGUACGUGCCCGCUGCUAUAUUUGCUCAGGCGGCGCAGGAUCCCAACGGACAGAAUACGCUGGCCAUGUUUGAUGUGUCGACUUUGGAGCUGGAAUUGGUCAAUCAGAUUGUUUGCGCUACACUUGCGGGUGUGCAAGAGGAGAUGCUCGUGCAAGCUGUCGAUAGAACGCGGGCAAAUUUGCUGCGCAUGCUGGACCCAUCUCUCGCUCCUCCUGCGCCCGCGCCCGCGCCCCCAGUACCGGGACCGCCGCCCUUCGCACCGCACCCUUCGGGUGUGGCUCAACCGGUUCAAUUGGCGCAAGUGGCCGCGUCGGUAGCGGCGAUCCAGGCUACUUCGACGCCUCACGCGUCCAAAGACUCUGUAGCCGAUGCUGCCGCGUUGGCCUCUUCCGCCGUCUCGCCGUACGCGCGCAUCGGUAGCGAUGGGCAAGCAGCGGAUCAAGCGGACCAGCAGUUGGACGAAAGCGUCAACCCUUUGAAGAUGGAUGCGGACGAUGAUGAGAUCAAGCUGGAUAGUGAUGCGCUAGCCCUACCAGCAGCAGCAGCAGAGCUUGUUCCUUCCUCCUCCUCCUCCUCCCAGACUGACGCGCAGCUCUUGCAAGCUGACGAUUCGGAGUUGGCAGCGCUGGAAACGUUCGUCCUUCCCCCGCCCAAACGCUUGCGACCUGAUCAGGCAAAGACCAUCGUGCUGGACGCUGUGAGGGGUAUCUGCGCAGCUGGAGCAAUCCAAGAGUCCUGUGCCGCCUCUUUGCCAAAGAAUAGCAUCGAGGAGGUUGGCGCUAGCAAGGAACAGGAUAGAACGUCCACACAGAACACGAUGCACGAACAGCUCUGGGUGGCGCUCAUCACGAGACUGGCGACGAGAGGCUUUGCGGAUCCGGAGGCUGAGAGCCAUGGCAAUGGCCAACACUCGGAUGAUGCGCAAUUGUCGGACGCGGCGUCUAGUCUCGAUAUUGCGAACCGGUCAUCGCUUGCAGGGCAUGCGGACCAGUUGCGGAGCAUCAUGCUGGAGUUUGUCAAGGAAGACUUUGACAGCAGGCUAGGCUUCGCGGCGCAUUGGAUGGCGGAAGAGUGGACGUCUGCGCGUGCGGCGGCCAAGAAGAGGUCGAGCGGGAGCCUGCCGGAAGGUCAAGCCGACGAUUCGACGAGCGCUAGACGGCGAUCAAAGGUCAAGGUGGAGGCGAGAGACAUGGCGACGUACGACCAGUGGCUUUGUGCCAUUGUGCAAGGCGUGAUGCCUGCCAUCGAGGCAAAGGACAAGACGCUCCAUCGUUUCUUGAACGAGGUGCCUCACCUCUCGCUGUCCGUCUUGGGGCAACUCAAAACGCUCUGCACGGACGCUGAUAAGGGCAGAAGAGCCGUGGGAUUUACGAUUCUGAGGGAUGUGGCGAUGAAUAGACCACCGGCAAGAGCACAAGCGGCUCAGUACCUGCUCGAACUGACGAGGGAUGCGGAGGGAGGCGUCAGAGGAGCUGCGAUCGUCACUGUUCGGGGAUGGGUUGGCAGCAAAGGCGCGCUGGAAGAGAUUGCGCUGGACCACGCGAGAAGAGGUCUCGAGGCCGUGUGCGAUGUGCCUCCUGCUUCCGCACUUGCCAGCGACAGCGACAAAGGCGCAGACGCAGACGCAGCGACCGAUGCGGACCCUAGCAUCAGCGGGCAGUCUUCCUUGGAAUGGACGGACGCGGACGUGCUGAGGCACGUCGAGCUAGCCUUUGUUCUGUGUCUCAAGGUGCCGAACCUCUUGGACGAAAUCUUUGCCAUCUUUCCUCGCAUGUCCAGCGCAGCUCAAAAGGGUGUUCAGCUGCACAUUACCAACCUCGUCAAGUCUCUGGGCAGCGGUAAUGCCAAGCUGAUGGAUAGGAUACGCAACUUUCCGCAAGGAGCGCAGGACCUGGCGUUGGCUGCUAUCGCUACGCUCAUGGAAAAGGGCAGCAGACCGGCCAAAUUGGUCGCGCUGGUCAAGAAGUUGGUAGAGGAGCGGGAAGAUGUUAGUCCGAGGUUCCUCGUGCCCAUCAUGCCGGAUCUGAGCAAGGACGAGAUCAAAAAAUUUUUGCCGCGCGUAGUGACGCUGCUGAACACGGGCCAGGCAUCGGACCGAGCGCUGCUCAAAUCCGUCUUUACAUCCGUCGUCGUAGCUCCAGCAGCAGGCUUUGGCAGCGUAUCUUCCAACCUGCCACGCGUCAAGGCCGGCUCCUUGCUGAAUCCUGUAGAGUUGAUGGGGUUGCUGUCCAGAUCGGAACAGGAGAUAGGCAUCAAGGCCACGGUGGAGGCUGUUGGGAUAUGUUUUGGCCUCACCGACAUCUUUACGGCCCAGGUGAUUGGCGCUGUGCUCAAUCAGAUCGUCGACGAAGCUAAUUUGCCCAUCGUAUUUAUGAGGAUCGCAAUCAUGGCCGUAUCGACGUACAAAUCGCUAUCUACAUACGUCUCUUCCAACCUCCUCACCCGCCUGAUCACCAAGAAGAUUUGGACAAACGAACGUCUUUGGGAAGGUUUCAUCAUUUGCGCCAGGCAGACCGCACCCGCUUCUUUUGGAGCGCUGAUCCAGCUGCCCAAGGAGCAGCUGCACGAUGUGCUGGAUAAGCAGUCGGUGCUCAGGGAUGGACUGAGAGAUUACCUCGAGAAAAAGGCGGGAGGAAAUAGAGCGAGGUUGAAUGGCUUUUUGGAGCUCAUCAACGAGACUGGCGGUGGCGGUGGCGGUGGCGGUGCUGCUGCUGCUGCUGCUGCUGCUGCUGCUGCACAUACGACUACGGCUGCGCCUCCUCGAGAAGAGGCGCGCGCGACUGCGGGUAUGCCACUCGCGGACGUCGAGAUGCAUGAUUCCGACACAGCUGCGAAAGCUCCGCAAGAAGGGCGGGAAGAAGGGCGAGAAGGAGUUUCAACAGCAUCGGAACAUGUUCUCGCUGCUGCUGAUUCCUGAAAAGUUGCGCUGGUGCUGGCUGGCUGGCUGGCUAGAUACGCCCUCCCACACUCUUCCUUGUAGCUUUAGCCCCCCCCAAACGGGACCGACCCCAUCGAUGGCGAGGGAAAUGAAUCACGGCAAGCUUGCGUUCGCGCAAACGCUUCUCAGCAGAUGGGAACUUGUUUUGAACGGCGCGCGCGCGCGCGCAAGUGUGGAUUUGGGUGGGCGAUGUCGCGUCUGGAUCGGUGCGAGGUGCUACGCUUCGCUGG